GACAGCUUUGUGUUUUUUUUUUUCUCCAUUAAACAAAAUCUUUCCUAUCACCAUCGCUUCCUAUAUAAGCCUUCCUCCUUUCAUUUCUCUAAACAAAUACACCAACUCCCCCACCUCUUUCUCUCUCUUUUUUUUUUGCUUUCUGUCAAACAUUUUUCAUGGAGAAUUUCAUGAUCAGGAAUCAAACCAGAAUGCCUCCUUCAACACCAUCAGCAGCACUAUCCAUUCACAAGGAUUCAAAAACAAUAUCAAAGCCAAAGCCAAAGAUCCGCAUAAUUCAUAUAUUUGCACCAGAAAUCAUCAAAACUGACGUAGCGAACUUCAGAGAACUGGUGCAAAGACUCACAGGGAAAGCAGCUCAAGAAAAGGGUUUCAAAAAGAAAGCUAGAAUUGCUAGAAGAGAUCAUGUUCAAGAGCAUAGGACCACCAGUUUUUGUGACAAGCCUGUGGCAGCAGCUAUGGCCAAGAAAAUGGAGCUGAGAACGGGGUUCCUUGCAGGCUUGGAAACAAGAGAAAGGGUUAAGGAAGAAGAAGGUUUGUGGAAUCAUUUUGGUGAGAAUUCAGGUGGUUUCUUAAGUGGUUUUGGAGAUUUGGAUGGAUUUAUUCAAGAGCUUGUUGAAUUUCCAUUGCUCCCUUUGGAUGCUUCUCACAUGCAUGGAUUUGAAGAAGCUCAACUUGCAUAA